GGGGGACUUCUCAGGCCAUCCUUCUGAUGUGAUUAAUAUUGUUAAAUUAUUCCCAUGCACUGAGUAGCCGCGGUCCAUAGUGUGAGGCCUCUGCAUCUUCACCUACUGGACGCUCGUCGGUUUCGGUGUUUUUUUUUUGUUUUGUUUUGUUGCAUCGUUUGACGUGAUGUCGGGCCUGCAUUGCUGCUUUGUAGGUUAAGUCACUCCCUAGACAUGUAGCUGGGGGUUACAACACUGGUAGAGCUAUCACUGAAGUAGUUGCUGUGUGGACGAUGCACGAGCGAUGUCUGAUGUUGAGGCCACAUACGCAGACUUCAUCGCCUCUGGCAGGACGGGACGCAGGAACGCCAUGCAUGACAUCCUGCAGAGUCCCACCGACCCCGAGGGACGGGAACUGUCCCUCACCCUGUCUCUGUCCCAGCUGCACAUCAACGCAGGAGGGGGAGAUGGAGACGACGCUGAGGACAGCCAGAGCUCCUCUUCUUCCUCGGCCCACAGAGAGGCUGGGCAGAGGAACAGCUAACUUGUCACAUACUCCUCCGACCCGUGGACAGAGAGUUGCGAGGUGGAUUCCAGCUGCCAUUGUGAUGAAGCCGUUUUUCCAAAGUGGGCUGGUAGCCGGAGGGUAGCACCACCACUUCUGAGGUGCCGAUAAGCAGGGCGCUGACCCCUUAAAAUCCACUGUAGAGGCGCUGUGCUGCGAUGUGAUCACCCAGUGCUCUCAUGUCCCUGUGGCUCUGCUGUGCAAUAUAAUGACAGACUAUUGGCGGGGGAGUAUUUCAGAGUUGGAGGAAGCAGAAAGACACAUUCGUAGCUCUUGUACAGCUGAUUUUACUUUCAGUCUUAGUUACUAAACACUCAGGCUGGGUGAUUGGAAUAAAAAGAGAAAAUAGACAGAGAUCCUAUGUGAGUUUGGUAGUUGUGCAAGCAGUCUGUAAGACCACCGAGACGUGCUGAUGUAAUGGGUCACGGUAGGAGUAGCAUGUUUGUAGUGAUGCUGAUAGAGAUUAUAUUGCCAAUUAAUGGCUUGUGCUUCCUUUAAAUUGACAAUACUGUAGAGGGAAUUGGACUACUCAGCUGUAGUAGAACAGGAAAACACCAUGAACAAACAACUUUAUCUGUUGAAAGGUGCGUUCACUGAUUCUGUUGUGUUUGAUGGUCAAAAUCCAGGCAUACUGUAUGUGAAUCUGGCCUGUACUGUGGCAGAGCACUGGGGUGGUGGUGUGACAGUGUUCUGUUGACCAACAACACAUUUACAUUUUGAGUAUGGAUGAUACAUUUCGACGGCUCUGUGUUUAGAAAUAGAAAUGAUGAGGGUGUACUAUCUUUUAAAUGUUUAUACUUUUUUAAUUUACUUUUCUAAUGAUGCCAUUAUAAUCACACCUUAAAUGAGUAGUUUUGGGAAAUACGCUUAUUCGCCUUUUGCCUAGAAUGAGAUUAGAGGAUUGAUAUCACUUUCAUGUUGUAUUUAUAUUUUGUUUGUUUAGUUCGUACAAAAACUGUGUAGUGUAAAAAACGAAACUGGCGAAGGAGGAACAAUUUUGUUUUUCUUGUUUCAGAAGACAGGUGUUGAUAUAUGACCAACCUUAGAUAAGGCAGAUAACAUAGUUAGCUAACCUAAGCUAACCUGUUGCUGGCUCCAGCUACAUUUAGUACAGAGUACAGAUGAGAAAGUGGUAUUGAUCUUCCCAUCUAACUCCCAGCAGUAAUGUGAAUAAGUAUAUUUCCCAAAACUAUUCCUUAAAUGUAGAUAUGCAAUACUCAGUGGAGCUUCCAGUGUAACAUGUUUGUGUGAAAGUUUAUAUCUCUGUCAUUGAGGCUGAAAUACAUUCCUGCUUCAUUGUGUAAUAAUGGAUACAUCCCAUGAUCAUCAUCCACAAAGACGAACAUGCAUGCACUUUUAAAACUGUGUAUUUUGUUACUUUCCCCCCAGUAUAAUCUUACUGUAAUACUGCAACUUGACUGUCUCUGAUUCUUAUUCCUGCUGAUGAAAAUAGGGCAAAUAUAAUUCUUUCUUAUACUCAUUCAAUCAGAUUUUCUAGUUGUAAACUGCCAUGUGACUGUAUAGUGACUCACACCCGCUUUACCAACACUGUGUAAACCCGGCUGUUCAUAAUUCUGCAUGUAGAAAUGUGAAAGGUGCAUGAUUCUGCUAAAUGUGUAGGUGUUUGUCUGACUGCCGGUAACCAUAUUUUCUACUCUGUGUGCCGUCCAAACAAAAUAAAUAACUGAUGACGAUGAAAA